AUGCUCGCAGUUGCCUCCGCAGAAGCCGCCAGACAGGCUGUGAAGCACGCUGCAGCUGCGCUGCCACAGUUCGAAGGGGGACCCUUUCCCCCUCCUCGCCUCUCUCCAAGUCGCUUCGACGAACCCUCAACGCCGCAACGGCCACUGGAGGUGCUCAACUCCGCAGCAGUUUUGGAGCUUUCCACGCCAUUCUCUGGAUCUGCAGCUUCCAGGCGAGGCACACUGAAGUCUUCUGCUCGACGGCCUGCUUCCUCUCUAAGUCGUACCAUAAUAGAAGCAACCGCCAGACGGUUUAACCCCCUCCCGUUUGGGCGCCCUCUGACAACUCCAAAAAAGCAAUCGGCGUGGUCAGGUGCUGCGAGUCCACCGGAGAAUAAGAGGGGCGUUGGUGGCUCUCAGGCGCUAGAGAACUGUGCAGUGCGUUACAGUGGCACUAGCAGCAUGGCUAGCAGCAACACGAGCAGCAGCAUAGCUAGCAGCAACACGAGCAGCAGCAUAGCUAGCAGCAGCAUAGCUAGCAGCAGCGCUAGUACCGCCGACCAGGUUGACUGGGCAGAGGCGUUUGCUGCUGGGGGGAGGCGGUGCCAGGAAGGAGGUUUCGAAAGGCGAGGGCGUCUUAAGCAGGAGAGCGAUUGCCAGUCAUUAGAACAGCCCCUCCACCAUCCUCAGCGCCGACGGGAGCGUUUGCUGCAGCGGCUGCAAGGCUCUGCUAGCUCGACAGCGCCAGACGGCAGGGUGGAGGAGGGCGUCUGCAAUCAGAGGCCUCACAAUGCGGGAGGCUUCUCGGCGGAUGUGCAGGAAGUGCCAGCAAGCGAAAGAGUCUCUGUUUGCGAUGCUGCCGCGGCAUGUGCGAGUGCAGGGGGCAGCACCGCUGGCGAACGCUUGCUCAGAGUUGCCUUCUCUCCGUAUCAGGUGCAGCAACUGCUGCGAAGGGGGGCCUAUGGAUUUCAUCUUGAAGGCCUUCUGUGGAUGCUUGAGAGGGAGGGGCGGCUGCUUCCGUGUGAGAAGGAGGCUUCUUCUCGCCACCACGAAGAUAUCGACUCCUUUUUCUUCCCAGGAGAUCUUUCUAGGGGGGCGUACUUUGCCAGAGGGGGGCUUCUUGCAGAUGACGGCGGCCUGUGCAUCCGCAUGCAGCCAGUCGCGCUCAUCGCAGCUACACUUCCAACGGGGGAUCUGGAAUUUUCGAGAGAAGUUUCGGGUGCCGGAAACUGUUGCGAAAGAGGCGCUGACCUUAGGAGCGAGAGAGACGACUUGGAGGAAGGCGAAGAAGUGCUGGCAUCGCUGGUUCUGACUCCGGCCAGUAUUCUUCCGCAGUGGGAAGCCGAGAUACACCGCCUCUGUGGCAUGAAGCUCUGCCGCACGCCUUGGCCCUCUGCUGACGCUGUGUGUGCCUCCGCCCGCUGGUUUGCUGCAUGUGUCUCCAGGGUGCCCCCUAAUAACACCCUCCGUGCUCCAGGGAGCUCAUGUGGUGCUAGUCUCCUAUGA